CCAGUUUGUGUGUGUGUGUGUGUGUGUGUGUGUGUGUGUGUGUGUGUGUGUGUGUGUGUGUGUGUGUGUGUGUGUGUGUGUGUGUGUGUGUGUGUGUGUGUGUGUGUGUGUGUGUGAGAGAGAGUGUAAGUCAGCACCACCACCAUUCUGUUAUUAAAUCACCCACAAGGUGGUGUGUCCUGAGUGGGAGGGGUUUAGAGGAGUUGCACAGGAAGUGAGGCAGUGUUCAGAAAUUACAGCUCCUGACAAGACCGCAGCCUCUAUCUCGCUCCACAUCAACGAAAGGUUUACAUGAUGGAGACCAUCGAGCCCAUCCUGAGCCUGGCCACCUCCAUCUACCAUCUGGUGGGGGAGGUCCAGGCCAACAGGAAGCGCUGUGAGCGCGUGGCCGAGCGCGUCCGGGAGCUGGCGGGGCUGGUGACCGCCUUGGGGGGCGGGGCUUCCACUGCUGACUCCAAUGUGAAGGCGGGGCUGGAGAAGCUAAUGUUGACGCUCCGGUUGGCUGAGGACCUGAUCAGGAAGUAUGCCGACGCCCGCCUCCUGAAGCGGCUGGCACGGGCGUAUCACCUGGGGGAGGACUUUGCCGAUGUCAACGACCGGCUCAACGACGCCUACCAGGUGCUGUCUCUGGCCCUCCAGGUGGAGCAGAGCCACUCCUCCCGCUCUGCCUUCGAGGAGGCCCGGCGCCGCGCUGAGGACCAGGACGACCAGCAGGACGACGCCAGCCACUUCCGGCAGAUCCUCGAGGAGACUUUGAACGCCACUCAGGAGACUGUGAACGCCACACAGGAGACUGUGAACGCCACACAGGAAGACGUCCAGAAGCUCCGGGGCACAGUAGAGACUCUGAUCCAGACCGUCAGUAAAUCCAGGAUGGUGAAUCAGGACAUCAGGGUGAUCGCAGCAGCCGAGUUGACCUAUGACACCCAGCCCUUCAUGACCUCGCCGACCUCUGAGGUCUACAGGGGAGAAUACAACAAGUUCACCGUCGCCAUCAAACGCUUCACCACUACCGCCUCCACCUCCUCGCACGACGUUCAGAGGGUUUUCCAUAAGGAGAUAGAGACCAUGCGGCGCUUCGAGUCCCCCAACAUCUUGCGGAUGUUCGGCAUCUGUGUCCAGGACGAGAACGGGCCGUCGCCCACCUUCCUGAUAGUCAUGGAGUACUGUGAGAAGGGGAGUCUCCGUCAGGUCCUGGACAGCCCCCGGGCCCUGACCUGGGCCCGCCGGGCCGGCAUGAGCCUGGACGCCGCCCGGGGCCUCUACCGCCUCCACCAGACAGAGGACAAGACCAAGGUUCACGGCUGCAUCAACAGCAGCAAGUUCCUCGUCGCCGAGGGAUACAGAGUGAAGCUGGGGGGUCUAGAGCUGGCAAAGACGGAGACGUCUCUGAGGAAGAGCUCCGACGGGCUGACCAGCUCACUGCGGUACUGCUCUCCCCAGCAGCUCCAGAACGUCAACUAUGUCUACAACAAGAAGUGUGAGAUUUACAGCUUUGGGAUUGUCUUGUGGGAAAUUGCAACUCGCAAGAAACCUUUUGAAGAUUGUUCGACUAGUCUUGACAUCUUCAACAAAGUGAUAAAGGAGAAGGUUGUAGAGCGUCUGCCAGACGACUGCCCCCCAGCUCUGAGGACACUCAUCGACGCCUGUCGCUCCUUCGAUGACUUCAAAAGACCUUCAGCUGGAGUGGUGGUCGAUAAACUGCGCAGAGUUGUGGACGAGCUGGAAGAGGAGUGAGACAAGUUAACGUCUGGGAGAAGAGUGAGACAAGUUAACAUCUGGAAGGGGAGAGAGACUUGUUAACGUCUGGAAGAGGAGUGAGACAUGUUAACGUCUGGGAGAAGAGUUUGACGAGUCUAACCCUGAUCUCCAACGCUUCGGCGUAACAAUGUUGCACA